CUUGGCCAAAAUCGAAGCAAAAAGAAAAGAAAAUUCGUCGAAUAAUAGAUAUCGUGCAGUGGAACUAAAUUCCUCAGCUAUCUAAAAUGGCCGAUAAUGGAGAUUUGUAUUUUUUUCGGACCAUACUAGCGGCACUUAUAGCAGGAUUUCUACAGAUUGGUGCAGCAUUGUAUCAAAAUGCAUCUGGUAAGGAGGAAGAUAACAUUGGGAGUUCUGAUGCUUGUGGUGCGGCAGCACAUUUGGAAGUGUUCACGGUGGUUCUUUUGAUUAUCGUAGCAGUGUUAGUUGUGGGGGUUCGUUGGUUUGUUACUCAGUCAGGUCUUGCCGCCUACCGGACUACUCCUCCGCACCGGAGCCCCAAAACAAUGAAGAUAUAUGCCGUCACGUUUUUGGUAAUUUCGUGGAUCUUAUUCAUUGUAGGAGCUCUGUGCUAUUCGUUGGGGAUAGCGCCAUACCUUGUUGAUGGAUCGUGUACCAUGAACGUCGCGUAUCGCUAUAUGUUAGUUGGAGGAAUUGUUUGGCUUGUUGAUUGUAUCAUUGUCGCUAUGGUAUAUUACACCAUUUUUCACUAUUUACUGUGAUUGGUUUUCACCAUGGGCGUUGUACGUCUGAUAAAGUUAAUUUCAUAUAUUAUCUUUGUUAGUCAAACAAUAUGAUAAUUCUCGUUUGGGACCAUUUCUUCUAUCCAAUUAAGUAUUUUGAUCUUGUUUCUUGUUGGCCUUAUUUUCCACCUAUUUAAGUAGAACAAAAUUUAACAAGUAAAUAUAGUAACUUACGCAGAUUUUGGUUCAAGUGAGAAAUGCUAUCUAAUGUGAGAAAUGAGAAUGACUCUCAACCGUUGGUGUUGGUAGAAAAUAACUCGGGUAGAGAAAUUAGUAGCAUUUCAAUAUAGUAGAAAAAGCUUAGGUGAAUACAAGGGGUUGGUGGCCUAUUUAUAGGCGUAUAUAACAUGCUCAUCGAUUAAGUGCUACAUGGGCUUGGCCCGAUUUAUCAACUAAUACUGAUGCUAAUGGGCCAGCCAACCCGAUAAGUAAUUAAAUAAUCCCGAACCAAUAUCCGCUGGCCCGACUGUGUUCUGAGCUUGGUUGGGCCAAAGCUCGGGCGUAACGGGCCGAUAGUCUUGGACCCGGCCCAUUAUCCCAACACGAGUCUCCCACUCCCUUAGACGAGUAGUAGACUCGGCUAAAAAGGAGUAGUUAAGUUGUUUUGGAAUCGGCCCAGUUCCUGGUCCGAUCGGUCAUUAACGAGCCUUGAAUUUGAUCCAAUUGCUUGUGAAAGGAUGUAGUUGUUAGGUCCCCUAAUUUUUGAUAACUAAUGUAUGUUGUUUUGAUGAUGCCACCCCUCUUUGUAUUAUUCCUGUAUUAGACUAGUUCUUGUAUAUGUUUUACUUUGUUUAUUGUAAUGUGCUCCAAUAUUAGUGAUAAAGUACUCAAGAAAAUAAAAGAGUACUGAAAAAGAGAAGAAACGUACCAUAAAACAAAAUAAAAAGAAUAAAAAGAAAAGGUACGAAAAGAGUCAACUGAAACCCUUUGUGAAAUUGGCAGCCAUCCGGAAAAACCAGCAGCGUGCUGAAAAAACAACAACCUGCUGAAAAAUCAGUAGCCUGCUAAAAAAUCAGCAGCAUGCUGAAAACUUUUCAGCCGGCUCCUAACUCAGUUUUUCAGCCAAAUCAACCGAAAUCUACUAUCUUCUCUUAGCACAAAAACAAUCAAACAAAAGACCAACUUGAGUCAAAAUGACAAAAAGAUUAAAGUAUACGGGAAUAUACUCCAUCAUGAGUCCCCCACUCUCCAAAGCGAAAGUGAAACUUGAGGUGAGAGAGAAUAAGUCUUCAAUUUCUUGGGCUUGCACGCCCGACAGGGAGUGCCGCUCUCCACGGUCAUGACAAAGGGGUACCUCAUUAAAAACUCCGCUGAGGAAAAACCUUGUGGGAAAAAAUCCUAACGGAGGAAAAAGAGUAUACUCCGCCUUGCCAUGAAGUACGGAGAGGAAAGCGGCUCCCCGCUGCAAAGUGAUCCGAGCUCGAGCUUCAUGUCCUUUGUUCCCCAAACCUGCUUCAUGGGUUAGUUUCUACAUCCACGGCCCCGACCGUGGGUUGACAAAAUUUGUUUGCGAAAAUUGCAAAUAAUUCAUUGUGUUUGUGCAAAGUUUGUAUUUUUUGAGAUAUACCUGCUUGGUACUGAUCCCGAGGUUGCCAUGUUGUUUUGAGCUCGUUGUAGUGCUGCUUUUUUAUUUUGUUCCCGAGUCCCCCACCUACUAGUCCCCCACUCUUGUGGACUUGGAAUAUUUUCUAAGUGUGGAAGAGUAUGAGUGUGAGGGGGGUGAGGUAGUUGUCUUUAAUACUUGGUGGACUUAGGAGAAUUCGUUGCGUGUAGUAACGCUGAUGUUUGUACAAAUAGGAAUCUUUACAUAUUCCUUUUGUAACACUUUGAAUUAAUAGCCACUUCUCAGAAUUUAAUGCGAGGAAUGGCGUUUGAAAUGACUUUACGGCGCCAUCAUUGCGCUUUUUGCACGCCCUUUGUAAAAAACGUUUUAGUUUCUUAGGCGGUUGGAGAGUUGUGCGCCACGUGUAAGCUUCCCAUUCAAUUUUGAAGGGAAGUAUAAAAGGCGAAAGCUUUCAUCUUUCUUCCUUGCGCUUUCUUUGCAUUCGAAUUUCCAGAGUUUCCAAGCAAUCUCAGAGCUUUUCUAAUCCGGCUAGUGCUACCGUAUUUUCAGUUUCUUUAGUCGAAAUUUUCUGCCAGGUUAGUCUUCGGGCUCUGCUUGCUUGUGUGUUAAUACGUUGCAGGCUAGCUGGAAAACCCAGAAUGAGGGUUUUCCGUCAAACUGGUGUUGCGAGCAAUGGGGGGUCUACAGUCCCCCAUUGCUGUUGAGGUUGGUACCUCUGGACUCGGAAUCGCACGCUGGUGUUGAUUCGAGUGUUUAAUUUUUGUUUGGGGGUCGGAUUUUUGCUCCUUAACCCCGAUUUUGAUUCUCUGCAUGUCUGUGAUUUUUCUGCAGAUUUCGGAGAUGUCUUCUCAUGGCGCUCCCGUUAACACUGGUGACAGGGCUGAUUCGCAUGAGGCCAAAGGAGUUGCUCCUGUGUUUGACGUCCCCGCUCUCCGCUCUUUCAGGAGGCGGAGAGGUGGCAAGGGGAAGCGUGGGGGCGCGGUAGGCACCCUUGCGGAGAACGAGCCCCUCGUGGAUGUGUGCGCCCUUACCGAUGUUGAGUGGGCCGAAAUCAGGCGCAUGGCUGGUCCCACCGUUGAUAUCAUGAGGUCUGAGGCGGGGAGUUUGGCGUCCUGUUGCCCCUCGGGUUAUUUCACAGUCCACCUGGACGCGAUGGAUCAUGGCUUUCGUUUCCCGCUGCAUCCAUUUUUUGUGGAGUACCUAAACUGGGUUGGGUUGCUCCCUUGUCACGUAACUCCUAAUGGGUUUUAUCUGAUUGCCGCCUUCCUCUUGCGCUGCAAGGUUCUAGACCUGGAGGUUAGCGUCGGCCUUUUUAGGCAUCUGUUUCAAAUCGGACUUAACAGUUCGCUGGAGAAUCAGGGCUAUGCCCUUAUUUCCCAACGGUCUGGUAGGAGUGGGUUCUACCACACCCCGUCGUCGCACCACGGAUGGAAGCACAAGUUUGUGUUUGUCUGUACAGAUAGGAAGGCGGGGUCUCCCUUUACUGCCCCAGGUGCACUUUCGUUCAAUAUGCACGAUGCCGGUGCGUUAGAUGGGUUUGUCAAUGCUGUGGGCACCUACAUCAACUACGGUGAUCGGGAUAUAACAUCUUUCCUGCCCGAGGAGAAGUUGAAGGACCUCGGCUUCAUCUUCUACGUCGAGGCUCCUGCUGAGGACCAGGGGGCUGCUACGGGUGGUGAACCAUAAUAACCCGCUUACGCGGCGUUGUAGUAAAACGGAGUCUAACCCUUCCGUAUGGAUUAUCCCCGAGUCUCGUGUCUCUGAGGAGUGACGGAGGGAGGUGUUGGUUUCAAUAUCGGUCACCGAUUAGUACGAGUCGUUGCAAGCUUUCUCAAACGAUUAAUUGUUAUAAUGAUUAAGCAAAUAAAAUUAAAUAACAAAAGUAGUAACAGAUAAUUUAAUUAAAUGACAUUAAUGACUAAACUAAAACUAGUGAACAUGCAAAAUAACUUGAGAGAGAAUAUUAACUAAUUAAAAUAUUAAACAAGCAAAUUUGUGGAUGAGUAAAGUUUCAAAAAUAAAAUACUAAAAGGUAAAUUUAAUGUGACUAGUGACAAUAAAUUAACUAAUUAAAAUGGGGGUCUAGAUUUGGAAUUAAGGAUCUUGGGUGUUUUUGGAUUAUGAACAAAAAUGGGAUAAUUUCUCCAAUCUAAGAAUAGUGACAUAUUAAUUCUCAUAGACAAGAACUUGAUUUUAAUUCCCCUAACAUGUCCUAUUUUUAGGCUUAGUUUAGGGUGUGUGAGAUGUGAGCUAAAUUAAUUCUACACUCGUAGACAAGCAAGAAUUACUUUUCCAAACAUUCAAAAGUGAAGUGAUCAAUUUCACAAAUUACUCUUUCAUUUCAUCUCAAACAACUGGUCCUAAAAAUUGGAGAAACUUUCUAAAUUUAAUUCAAUAUUCAAGAACACCCAUUAACCUUAACUUUAUUCAAAUCCAAACCCCAUGAAAAAUUAGCCUAACAUAAUUAUCAAGAUACCAACACAAUUAAUAAAAUAGCUACAGUAAUUUGUAGAUGAAAUUAAACAGUAAAUAAACAUCAUUAACAACUCAAUUAUCCAAGUAAACAGAAAUUCGUAGUAUGAAAUAAUACAGGAAUUAAAUCUUAAAGCUUAUUGAAGUUUGAAAUGGAAAGAUGAAACCAGAAUUGUUGCUGCUGUUAUGUUCUUCUCCUAGACUGCCAUUUUUUUUUAGUGUUUUGAGUUCGAAUCUUCUUCCUAGCAGCUCGGAUUUUUUUUUCUGCCCGGAGCUACUUACGGCUGAGUGAUUUUGCUCCUGCGAACUAGAGCUGGGGUGUGUAAUCCUCUUUUUUCCCCAGCUUCUCUCCUUUAUUUAUCUCUUUUCUUCUUUGGCUGCAACUGAUGGAGCUCCUGUCCCUUCCGUUGGCCACACCAUGUGCUGCAGUGAUGGUGCCUUCUUUUCUUGUCUUUCUUUUUAUUUUGUUUUGUUUUCUUUUGAUUAUUUUUCUUUGUUUUCACGCAGCUUAGCUGCAGUUUCUUUUUUUGCUUUUCUUUUGAUUAAUUAAUGCACUUCAUUUGUUUAUUGUAUUAAAAAAAACAUUGAAAUAUAAUACUCC